AUGGAUGAGCUUGAAAAAUUUCUGCCCAUGCUACUUGGUAAGCGGGUAGUUGCAGAGAACAAUUUGACCGAAACAGAGGGCUACUGGUACGGCUACGACCCGAAUGCGCACACCAGUCCUUCGCAGGCCUUCACCACGGCUGCCUUUCGCUACGGGCACACCUUCAUUCAGGGCAAGGUGAUGCGAUAUGGAAGACAUCAUCAGUUUUUGGGCGCACACUCACUUCGUUUCCUCCUCCGCCACCCCUUCAUCAUCUAUGAGCCGGGACGGAUAGAUGAGCUGGCCAUGGGCCUGGUGGACACGCCCUCGCAGACCUAUGACCCCUUCAUCUCGAAGGAGGUGGCAGGCCACCUCUUUCAGGAGCCCUGGGACCACGUUGGACUUGACCUGCCGUCCAUUAAUCUGAUGAGGGGCAGGGAGCAGGGCACGCCGGGCUACAACUUUUACCGCGAGUGGUGCGGCAUGCGACGUGCGGAGACCUUUGAGGAGCUCAUUCCUUGGGUGGGCAAUCACACCGCCUACCUCUACUCCACACUGUACGCCCACCCGGAUGACAUUGACCUGUGGAGUGGCGGCAUCUCCGAGGAGAAGAUGCCCGGCGCCCUCGUCGGACCCACCUUUGGCUGCAUCAUUGCGCGAAACUUUGCCAACAUUCGCAAAGGGGACCGCUUCUGGUUUGAGAAUCCCGGUUUCCCCUCCUCAUUCACGCUGCCGCAACUGAGGGAGAUUCGCAAGGCGACGCAAUCGAAGAUUCUCUGCGACAAUGGCGAUCGCAUUUUGACCAUUCAGCGGUGGGCGCUGCGACAGGCGCAUCCGAUUCACAAUCCGCGCGUUCCCUGUGAACAGAUACCGUCGAUUGAUUUGCGUGUCUUUAAGGAGGAUCCCGACAGUGGAGGCUUUGGUGAUCAAAACUAUGGCAAUGGCGGCAGUGGUACAAAUGCGAUCGACUACAGAUAA